AGGCGAGCAGCCGAUGUACUGAAAAACACCACGGGAGCUAAAAUCACAGUUGACAGGGAAACAAUUCUGAAGAUAAACAAACUGUUGUCCGAACUAAAACCUCAACUCUGUCAUUCAAAUGGCGAUAGCUGUCUCCCAAGCCCUCCCGGUCCACCGGGACCGAAGGGAGACAAAGGAUCCCGAGGACGAAGAGGACACACAGGACAAUCAGGAAAUAAAGGCGACCAGGGCAUUAUGGGAUCUCCUGGAAAAAGUGGCAAGCAAGGCAUCAUGGGACUUGUAGGUCCGAAGGGUGAGGCUGGACUAAAGGGACAAAAAGGAGACAUAGGACCUGCAGGCAUGCCGGGAGUUAAAGGAGUACCUGGUGAAUCAAUUCCAGCUCCUGUUGUUGCCGUGUCUCCUAAAACACUGACAGUUAACGAAGGUAGAUCAGCUUCGUUUCAGUGUUCAGUGAGUGGUAAUCCUAAACCUGCAAUCAAUUGGGGUAAACGGAACAGUCAGUCACAAAUAAGCCGAUCAAUGGCUUCAGAAGGAAAGUUGCUUCUUACCAAUGUCCGAGGAAGUGAUACGGGUACAUAUAACUGUUCAGCGGUUAACAUUUUAGGACAGGCGCAGGCACUGGUACAGCUGAUAGUAAAUGGUAAGACCUUUAUGAAAUAAACAAAAGAAUAAAUAGUAAGAAACCAGUUUCGAAGACUCUGCUGUCCUUACAUUUUGCUUCGGAUAAAUUUUGUCAAAACAUAGUAAAAAAUUGUUACAAAACUGAAUAUCAUAAUGAUAUUGUUGUUGUUGUUGUUAUUCUUUUUUUUCAGCGCUACUUAUGCCUUUCUCAUGGCUUAGUCAGCUCUAUCAUAAAAUCUAGUCUUAAAAUCCUAGAAUCCUCUUAUCAACCUCAUUAUGCUAUUGAAAGAAGUAGUUAUACUCUUCCAUUCUGUCACGUGACUGGCUAUCCAGCGCCCGUGAUCUCAUGGAGAAAGUCAUCCGGUCCAUUACCCCAGCGAAGAGUGAAGUACAACAACAGUGCAUUACAAAUUCUUCAUCUUCGUAAGGUGACUCUGACUUCUACUUUUGUGCGGCAUCAAACCUGUUGGGACGCGUUGAAAAGAACACCCUCUUAGUUGUUGUCUCCCCUCCUCGGUUUACCAUUAAACCACCUGCUAAAGUUGUCGCGUGGGUUGGUGAAACCUUGAUUUUAAACUGCAGCGCUACUGGUGAUCCCCAACCAGUCAUCAGCUGGAAAAAACAAGGAGGUCAACUGCCUGUUGGGCGAAGCCAGCAGAUCAAUGGCUCAUUAGUUAUAAGAAGCCUGACAUUGAACGAUAAAGGGAACUAUAUUUGUGUUGCA